GUAACAUGCCAAGCAAUUCGCUUAAUAUAGUAUUCUCACAACCACAAGGUGUCUAUCAUCCUGGCUGCAGUGUCUGCGGAACAGCUCAGCUAAAUCUUGAGGAGCCGAUGAAGGCAAGAUCUUUGACAAUUGGCAUUGAUGGCAGCGCGUUCACCAGAUGGAGCAAGCGGCGAAGUCGGACAGUAAGG